GUGGGCAUUUUUCUGCCUAAAUAUGUAUAGAAUUAUAUCUUAAAUAACUGCAAAAUAUAGCCGUUUCAUGACACCCAAAAUCAGCUGCCUCGCUCAGUGUUAUGGAAGAAGAAAUAGCUUCUUUAAUGACAGCUCAUGAAAUGUUUAUAUAAAGGAGAAAAAGAUAACUUAUCCUACCCACACAUUUUUGUUACGAAAUAAUUGUUAGAAAGGGUAUCUUCUACUUUUUGCAUUUGAGGAGGCUGCUGCCCAAUUACAGCUAUACUACAAACCUAGAUAUCGACAGUACAGUCUAUGGGAGAUGGAAAGUUUUCAAACUAAACCCGGAGGCUAACGAGUGUGCACGAGUCUUAUUACAAUAGGUCUAUGUAUGAAAAUCACUGCUGCGCUAUACGGCAACCCUGUAGGAAGUGAGAUUGCGACGGAGAACAGUGGAAGUGUAGAUCACGCUUUACGGCAAGGUUGUGGUGCACGUCAACAGCUAUGGCGGAAGGGGAGGAAGCGUCUCCGCUGAACAGCUGGGAAAAUGAUCUUGCAGAAGCUCUAGAAGAAGGUGGUUGUGAUCUUGAAACAGUCCGAAACAUAAUUCAAGGGAGAGCUGUGCCUGCUGACCUAAGAGCCAAAGUCUGGAAGAUUGCACUGAAUGUGGUUGGGAAAGGAGACAGUUUGGCAUCCUGGGAUGGUUGUCUAGAUCUGCCAGAACAGACACUGAUACACAAAGAUUGUCAAGAAUUAGUUGAUCAGCUGUCAGUGCAAGAUGAAGAGAAGUCAGUAUUACUUCUGGAUAUUGAAUCUGUUAUUACCUUUUACUGUAAAUCUCGUAAUGUUAAAUACAGUUCUAGCCUUAGUUGGACAUAUCUACUCAAGCCAUUGGUGGAUCUUCGACUUCCACGAAGUGACUUGUACAACUGCUUCUAUGCGAUCAUGAAUAAGUAUAUUCCUAGAGACUGUUACCUGAAAGGUAGACCAUUUCAUCUCUUCAGGUUACUCCUGCAAUAUCAUGAGCCAGAACUCUGCUCCUUUCUGGACACCAAAAAGAUGACACCAGAUUCAUAUGCACUCAACUGGCUUGGAUGCCUCUUCUCAAGCUACUGUUCAUAUGAAGUUACUCAGGCAAUAUGGGAUGGAUACUUACAGCUUGCAGAUCCAUUCUUCAUUUAUUUCCUAAUGCUUAUUAUCCUUGUUAAUGCAAAAGAAUCUAUCUUAGCACCAGAGUCAGAAAAUAAAGAAGAUGUUGUCCAAUUUCUAGAGAAGUCCCCUGCCAGUUUGGAAAUAGAAGAUAUAGAAGACCUUUUUGCCUUGGCACAAUAUUAUUGUAGCAAAACUCCAGCUUCUUUCAGAAAGGACAACCACAGUCUAUUUGGCAGCAGCCUGUUGGGCCUCAAAGAUGAUGAUUCAGACUUGAGCCAAGCUUUGUGUCUAGCAGUUUCUGUAUCAGAGAUUCUUCAAGCAAAUCAACAGCAAGGGGAAGGAGUAAGGUUCUUUGUGGUGGAUUGUCGCCCUGCAGAACAAUAUAAUGCUGGACAUUUAUCAACUGCAUUUCAUUUAGAUUCAGACUUGAUGCUCCAGAACCCAUCAGAAUUUGCCCAGUCUGUAAAAUCCUUGUUAGAAGCACAGAAACAGUCUAUUGAAUCUGGUUCAAUAGCUGGUGGAGAACAUCUUUGUUUCAUGGGAAGUGGCCGAGAAGAGGAGGAUAUGUAUAUGAACAUGGUGCUGGCACACUUCUUACAGAAAAAUAAAGAAUAUGUAAGCAUUGCUAAAGGAGGAUUUAUGGCACUGCAACAGCACCUAGCAGACAUUAACGUGGAAGGACCAGAAAAUGGAUAUGGUCACUGGAUUGCUAGUACUUCAGGCUCAAAGAGUAGCAUUAACUCCUUGGUUGAUGGUGAUUCUCCUAAUGGUUCCAGUGAUGGAAAGGGUGUCAAGUCUUUGGUAAACAAGAUGACUGAAGCUUUGAAGACUAAAUCUGUGAAUGUGAAAGAAAAAGUUAUUAGUUUUAUUGAAAAUACUUCAACUCCAGUAGAUAGAAUUCCUUUCAAUCUUUCCUGGCCUGAGAGAGCAAGUAUGCUGCGACAUGUCAGCAGCAGCGACAGAGUGGGAAAACCUUACCGUGGCGUGAAACCGGUUUUCAGCAUAGGAGAUGAAGAAGAAUAUGAUACUGAUGAAAUCGAUAACACCUCAGUGUCAGAUGAUGAUCGAAAAGAAAUUGUCAAUAUCCAGACUUGGAUAAAUAAGCCAGAUAUAAAGUAUCAUUUCCCCUGUACUGAGGUGAAAGAAACUGGACACAGAUUUCCUUGUCAUCUUCUUGUAACUGCCACACAUAUGUACUGCUUGAGAGAGAUCGUUUCUCGAAAGGGAUUUGCUUAUAUACAGUCUCGACAAGCAUUAAAUUCUGUUGUUAAAAUCACAUCAAAGAAAAAACAUCCUGAAUUAAUAACCUUUAAGUAUGGAAACAGCACCACUACAGGCAUAGAGAUUUUGGCAAUUGAGAGGUACUUGAUUCCAAAUGCAGGUGAAGCCACCAAAGCUAUCAAGCAACAGAUUAUGAAAGUUCUGGAUGCACUGGAAAGUUAAUAAGAAAAUACUUUUUCAGUAGAGUCUUUAAGAGAAAAUGUCAACUAAGAUAAGGACCUGAAACAACUGGCUGAAUACUACCCUAAAAGGAUAUAUCAGGAUACUGAUGGAAGUACUUGGGUAGCAGGUUUAAGAGAGGGGUAAAUUAAACAUUUUGGAGAGAUUUUUAAGUAUUUUUCUUUAACAGUCUUGGAUUUUGGAAAAGUUGUUUAUUAUAAAGGUCAGUUAUUUUUAAAGUAGAUUUAGAGGAGUUGACUUUCUUAAGAAGAAUGGAUUAUACAGAUUUAUUUGAGGAACUGUAUUGAAGACAUGUAACAUGACUAGGUAUUGGAACAUAUUUGGAACUUACCUUACAAACUGAAAAGUAUUAUCUAUUUUUAAAAGCCCUAGGAACCAAAUAUUCUUUAAUCUGCAUAUCAAACAAUGACACAGUAUUUAGGGGGAGAACUAGACCUUUCACCAUAUUUGGAAAAAAAGGGAGAAAAAAAUUGCUGGGAGAGGGGAAUACACAUUCUUCUGUGUAAGUGAUUUUUAAAGUUUUCUGUGCACUAUCAGGUUAAAAAUGAAAUUACUAAAGUUAAAAUAUUAAACUGCACAGCAAUUAAAUGUUUACACUGUGGUUGGGUAAUUAAGAAAGCUGUGGUUUUCCUGAGCCAAGGUCAGCAUUAGAAAGUACACUGAAAUCACAGUUCAUGCCUUGUGUGAUGGAGCUGGCCACUGUGAAGGGAGACAAACAUAAUCUUUGGGCUGUCCUUUGAGAAACUAUUUGGCACAGGUUGAAGUGAAGCAUAUUGAUCAGUGUGCUACAUAUUUGCAAUCAUUUUAGGUAUGGCACAUCUUUUCUCUGAGACAUGUCGGUUGCACUUUUUAAAUAAUGUCUUCAGUGCUUGAGAAGAUUUCAUUGGAAAUCUUGUCACUUUCACAUAUUGGCAAAAUGUUUGAGAGAGAUUAGAAUGCACUAUGGAUGCUAGAGCAAGUUGUAUACGUGUGAUAGAAAACCCUGUAAGAUCUGAGAAUAACAGUUCAAGUAAUCUUAGUGUGCAAAAAACAAAAACAACUUCUACAAAUCUAUAAGGUACUAUUACUGUACCAUCAAAAAAUAAGUUCAGCUGACCUUUAUAACAAUCAGCUCUUUUAAGUUAUGUUCUUGUAUAAGGUGAAUUAAGGCACCUUAAUCCUGAAACUAACUCCCAUUUAGAAAUAUCUAAACAAACAUAGUAAAAUAAGUAUUUGAAGAUGAAUUGCAUGUACUGCACUUCUGCCAGUGCUCCUGUAUUUAUAGUUCUGCCUCAAAGCUGUUGUAUUUUUCUUUCUCCUGCCCCUCUUUAAAAACAAAAUCAAAUCUGAAGGGCCUUCAGUUUGUGCCUACUUCAGCAAUGAGAUUCUUUUUCCUCAUAAAAUUAAUGUAAAGCUGUUUGUGUAACUGUUUAUAAACUGCCAUUGUAAAUAAAUCCAGUACUAUUUGAGCAAGAUUCAUUUGGAUAAAA